AGCCGACGCCCGCCAAACUUGUGGGUUCUUUUUUCGUUUUUUUUUUUUUUUUGUUUUAUGUUUAUGUUUUUCUUCUCUUCUUUUCUACGUCGCCUUUCUUUUUGUCUUUACUCCGGUCUUUCGGCCUAAGGAGCCGCCUCUGCACGUCGUACUUCAACCACCCAGUCGGCCCCUUCACCUAAUCGGCAUUUUGUUGCCAUGGCGGAGAGUCAGGGGCCGACAGUCGUGGCCGUGGCCAUUAUUUUCGCAGUGGUGUCCUUCUUGACCAUCGUUCUUCGAUUGUUAUCCAGGAUACUGGUAAUCGGACGACUGAGUCCGGAUGAUUGGCUCAUCUGCAUCGCUGUGGUCCUAUCAUGGGCCUUCAUAGGUUGCAACAUUGCCUCCGUCCAAUAUGGACUCGGCAGCCACUUCCCUGAUGUCGAAGCCCGCGGAAUCGACAACAUGAUAACCUACCUCCAGAUCGUCUGGAUGUCGUCCAUCUUCUACAACGCAUGCCUGGGCUUCAUCAAGGUGUCAGUCCUUGCACUCUACAUGCGACUCGGCGACCGCCCUCUUCGCAACCUCUCCAUCGUCAUGACUGGUGUCAUCAUCUGCCAGGCCGGCGCCAACGUGUUGGCCUGCAUCUUCCAGUGCGCCCCCAUUUCGGCCGCCUACGACGUCCGCAUCCCGGAAGAUGAGAAGACGUGCGUCCACAUCAACGCCUUCUACCUCGCCAACGCCGCCGUCAACAUUCUCACCGACAUAUUGACCUACACGCUCCCCAUCCCGCUCAUCUUCAAGCUUCAGGUUUCAAGGCAGCAGAGAAUCAGUCUGAUGGUUAUUUUUGGCCUUGGUCUUUUUGCCUGCAUCUCUUCCGUCAUCCGCAUCACCUACAUCCCUGGAAUGUUGCAUUCCGGAGACCCGACCUGGGAUAUUGCGCGCCCCAUGUACUGGUCCGUCAUCGAGACGAACAUUGGAAUCCUCGCUGCGUCCAUCCCGUCGUACAAACCCCUGGCGAAGCGGUACGCGCCGCGUCUGUUGGGCAGCUCCGCUCGCGAGGGCAAACUCUCUGGCUUCAAGAUGAUGCCGUACGGAAAAUCCACCGGCAGCCGGAAAGACGGCAUCGUUGACGGGGAGCGUGUCAACGUGAGCGUCGGGGCCAAGGGCGAGUCCAGGUUCACUACCCAUACCAAGCCGUGCAUGCAGGAGAACAGCAGCGAGGAGGAGCUGUUCGCGCCCAGCGGUCGGAUUGGCGUCAAGACCGAGAUCUUCCAGGGAUACGAGGAGGCUACUACUGCCCCCCGACCCCCAAGUCCCUUGGCACAAGUUCCGGGGCAUCAGGGCGGUACGGUUAAGAAGGGUUCGGGAUGAAAAAGAGGAACGCGAUGGAUUGAAAAAAAGCAACACCCGGACGGCAUCCUGGUCGUGUAAGAUUUAACAAAACAUGGGAAGUGCACGGCUGCACCGUCAUCAGG